GUCGUCAAAUCUCAAUCUUUCUGAGUUUUCGUAAACCAUGGCUUCUCUCUUUGUUUCUACUCCAUCAUCUUCCUUAACUCUUAAAUCCUGUCACAGUUUGCAUCUUCGUCGCUUUGACAGAGCAGAAUUUUCGAACUUUGGGAAAGCUUCUGUGAAUCAGACAACGAGAAGCAGACAUUCUUUGAGAUGUUCAGCGGAAGAUGAUCGCGUUCGUGAACCUGUGAACGAAGCUCCUUCUCCGGUGGCGUUAGCGGAGGAGCAAAAAGAAGACCACGAUAACAAUAAUGCGCCGCCUUCUCCAGAGAGCAGUGAAGAAGAGGAGGAAAAGAAGUCGAAGCAGCAAGAGAUGGAUUGGAAAACAGACGAGGAGUUCAAGAAGUUUAUGGGGAAUCCAUCUAUCGAAGCUGCGAUAAAGCUUGAGAAGACGAGAACUGAUCGUAAGCUCAAGGAGCUGAACAAGGAAAGCAACAGUGAGAAUCCGAUCAUUGGAAUUUACAACAGCUUGGCUCGUGAUAGUUUGACUAAAGAGAAAGAAAGGCUUGAGAAAGCAGAAGAGACUUUCAAGGCUCUUGAUCUCAACAAGUUGAAGAGCUGUUUUGGGUUCGAUACAUUUUUCGCUACGGAUGUUCGCCGGUUUGGAGAUGGAGGAAUCUUCAUUGGGAACCUGAGAAAACCCAUUGAUGAAGUCACACCUAAGCUUGAAGCUAAGCUAUCUGAAGCAGCUGGGCGUGAUGUUGUUGUGUGGUUUAUGGAAGAAAGGUCCAAUGAGAUCACAAAGCAGGUGUGUAUGGUGCAGCCGAAGGCGGAAAUUGAUCUACAGUUUGAAUCAACUAGAUUAAGCACUCCUUGGGGAUAUGUUAGUGCAAUUGCUUUAUGUGUUACAACCUUUGGAACCAUAGCUCUUAUGAGUGGGUUUUUCCUGAAACCCGACGCCACUUUUGAUGACUACAUUGCUAAUGUAGUUCCUCUUUUUGGCGGGUUCCUUUCCAUCUUAGGUGUCUCAGAGAUAGCAACUAGAGUAACCGCUGCGCGACACGGUGUCAAAUUAAGCCCGUCGUUUCUUGUGCCAUCAAAUUGGACUGGUUGCUUAGGAGUUAUGAACAAUUAUGAGUCAUUGCUUCCUAAUAAAAAGGCGUUAUUCGACAUCCCAGUAGCCCGUACAGCUAGCGCGUACCUGACCUCGCUUCUGCUUGCAGCAGCUGCGUUUAUAUCUGAUGGUAGUUUCAAUGGAGGUGACAAUGCUUUGUAUAUAAGACCACAGUUCUUUGACAAUAACCCGUUGCUUUCAUUUGUCCAAUUCGUUGUUGGUCCUUAUGCGGAUGAUCUUGGUAAUGUAUUACCUAAUGCGGUUGAAGGAGUUGGUGUUCCAGUUGAUCCGCUCGCUUUCGCUGGUCUUUUGGGUAUGGUAGUGACUUCAUUGAACUUAUUACCAUGUGGAAGACUUGAAGGAGGUCGAAUCGCUCAAGCCAUGUUUGGAAGAAGCACAGCUGCAAUUCUCUCAUUUACCACAUCACUCCUUCUUGGUAUCGGAGGUCUCAGCGGAAGCGUCUUGUGUUUAGCUUGGGGGCUAUUCGCAACCUUCUUCCGCGGUGGCGAAGAAACACCCGCAAAAGACGAAAUCACACCUGUAGGGGACGAUAGGUUCGCUUGGGGUAUAGUCCUUGGACUCAUUUGCUUCCUCACUCUAUUUCCUAACAGUGGAGGUACUUUCUCCACUUCAUUCUUCAAUGGACCUUUCUUCCGUGGUGAUGAUUUCUAAAGAAUGUAUAGAUUAAGAUGCAGAAACAAGCAUUGUUCUUAUUUAUUAUUAAUGGUGUUACAAAAGCAUUGUAAAUUCUUGUGGAAUUUGUUUUAUC